UGGAGAGUGAAAAGCGAACCCACUUGUCUCUUGGAGCCUCGCGUUUGAUCGGUGGACACGUGACGCGCCCGUCUGGCACACUGGGCGAGUAGGAUGCAACGCACCCUCCCCCAUACGAGGACGCGCUAUUUCUCGUGGUGAGGACGGCCGGUUUUGAUACAGUCGCACGUCUCGGCCCGCCACCACCAAGUAGCCGGAAAUUGGCUCGCACGGCGGCACGACGUCGGCAGCUUCAGCGACCGAGUGGCAUGACUGCAUAGUUGCCUUCUUUUUUCUUUCUUCUUCUUUUUUUUUUUUUUUUUUUUUUUUUGCGCUCGCAGACAUCCGCCUACCGUCGUCGUGUGACGCGCACACAGCUGGAGCGACACUUUUCCGCGACGGUGAAAACUGCUGGCGCGCAGGGAGAACCAGGCGCGCAGAAAGGAAACCACUGUGGAGGAUCGUGGCGACGCCAGGCAGUGUGUGGGCAGCAUGAAGAACACGCCGAGACAAGAACUGCUGUCACUGGCCAAGCAAUGGGGACUGAAGCCCAACACCAUCGAGUUUGCACGGCGCCUGGACUGCGAGGACCCACUGCGGGCAUUCCGGGAGCGGUUUAACAUUCCCAAGAUGGCCGAUGUGUCUGUCGGGACCGACAGGGAGUACCUGGCAGCCGCUUCGCGGGCCUGCUGGAUGGCCCAUUGCUGGUCGGCAAGUAUUGACCCACAGUUCAUCAAGGUGCCUGGACAGGAGUGCAUCUACUUGUGUGGCCACUCAUUAGGUCUCAAGCCAAAAGCUGCUGAUGGCCAUGUACAGAAGGUUCUUGACAAUUGGGGUAAAACUGGUGCAGAGUGCCAUGUGCAUGGGUAUCUGCCGGCAGCCACGUGUGAUCUCUACCCAAGGAAGCUCAUGGCAGACAUCGUAGGGGCUGAUCCAGAUGAGAUUGUUUUCAUGAAUGGUCUCACUGUAAAUUUGCACUUGCUCAUGAUGACAUACUACAGGCCACAAGGAAAACGAUGCAAGAUGGUCAUCGAGUCAUAUGCCUUUCCAUCAGACAUGUAUGCUGCACAGUCUCAAGUAGCCCACCACGGCCUUGAUGUUGCAUCUAAUCUUCUCAUCCUAAAGCCAAGACAGGGCGAACAACUACUUAGAGAGGAGGACAUUUACGACCUUAUUGAGACGGAAGGUGACAGUAUUGCCCUCUUGCUCCUGCCUGGAGUCCAGUACUACACUGGGCAAGUAUUUGAUGUGCCUGGGAUCACCAAAGCAGCACGCAAAAAGGGUGCCAUCAUCCUCUGGGACAUGGCUCAUGCUGUAUGCAACAUGGCACUCAAACUAAAUGAAUGGGAUGUGGACAUUGCAGCAUGGUGCACAUACAAGUACAUGAACUCAGGUCCCGGCAGCAUUGGAGUUGCAUAUAUAAGCCACAAAUUCCGAAAAGCCUGUGAACGGCUUCCAGAACUGAGAGGCUGGUGGGGCAACAACAUUGAGACCAAGUUCCUCAUGAGACCUGAAUUUGAUCCAUGUCUGUCAGCAGAUGUCUUCAAGCUCUCCAAUGGACCACCUCUUCUAAUUGCAACAGUAAUGGCAAGCCUGGAGAUGUUUGCAGAAGUCAAGGAAUCUGACCGCCUGCACAAGCAAUUUCUGCUCACUGGUUACUUUGAGCUUCUCAUGAUUGAUGACCUGGGUGCCAGCCACGACAUUACAGACAGAACACAACCGUUUCACAUUCUCACACCAUCUGACACAACAAAAAGGGGUUCCCAGCUCAGCAUACAUCUUGCUGAAGAGCCCAAGUUCACACACCAAGAGCUACAGCGCAGAGGAAUUCUUUGCGAUCUGAGAAUGCCCUCAGUUGUCCGGCUCGCUCCCAUGCCUAUGUACAACACUUAUGAAGAUGUCUACAACUGCAUCCAAGCAUUGAGAGAGAUCUGUGCCAACUUUCCUUUGAAGAAAACCUCUUGAUCAUGGCUCUUGGCAUGAACUGUAGUUUUUUAUAAAGUCCUUGUGAGAACGGUGAAUUCUGACCUAAGGAUGUUCGAUUUUGACCUUACGAAACUUGUGGUGAAUUGAACGAAAGGUGACAGUAUAGGCACUGUGGUACAGUGGUUCAUUUCCGUCCACUGGAGUCGCACUGAUCUGCACAAGCAGUUCAGUGCUUGAUUGGGCUUUGAAUCUUCCAAAAAACAUGAAAGCAAGAGGUGCCACUGUUACACCAUGUGGAUUAACAGGUGUGCUAAAACUGCAUUUCAAUAAAACUGGUUGCAACAGAACA